CUGGGAGGCGGCCGGGCCUGGUAGGAGGGUGCGGGGCGGCUCUUGCGCACUCGCCCGAGCAGGGCGCUCUGUACGGUUGCGCGGGAACUUGCGUAAGGCGCGGCGGCUGCCGCGUCCCUUCGUCGCUUCCUCCUUCCUUUCCUCCUUCCCCUCUGAAGGCGCCGCGCGAAGGCCGGCUGGGAAGGCUUUCCGCCUGAAGGAAGGCCGGGCGCGGCCCCCGCCGCGGCGCCAUGAUGAGGCGCACGAAGCCUGAAGUGGAGCGGUACGUCGCCUCCGUGCAGGCCGCCGCGCCUUCCCCCCGAGAGAAAUCAAUUAAAGGAUUCCUCUUUGCUAAGCUGUACUUUGAAAUAAAAGAAUAUGAGCUUGCUAAAAGGUAUAUAUCUACAUACCUCAGUGUACAAGAGAGAGAUCCCAAAGCACACAGAUUUCUUGGACAGAUUUACGAAGCUGAGGAUAACAUAGAAAAAGCUUUUGGGUGUUACAAGCGUUCUGUGGAGUUGAACCCAACACAGAAAGAUCUUGUAUUGAAGAUUGCGGAGUUACUAUGCAGUAAUGACAUUACUGAUGGAAGAGCGAAAUACUGGGUUGAGAGAGCAGCUAAACUCUUCCCUGGGAGUCCCGCUGUUUACAGGUUGAAGGAGCAGUUAUUGGACUGCAAAGGUGAAGAUGGAUGGAAUCAGCUUUUUGACUUGAUUCAAGCAGAACUUUAUGCAAGACCAGAUGAUGUCUACAUAAACAUCAGACUAGUUGCACUUUACCGUUCAAAUAAUAGAUUAAGAGAUGCUGUGCUCCAUUGUCAGGAGGCAGAGAAGAAAAUACCUUUGCAGUCAAGCUUGGAAUGGUGUUCCUGUGUUGUAGAGACAUUUGAGGAAUAUCUGGAAUCUUUACAAGACUUGGAGUCUGAUAAAAAUAAUUGGAGAACUAUCAAGAAAGAUCAUCUGCUGGCCUAUUCCAGCUUUGUCAAAAUGACGCUUUCUUCUAGAGAUGUUCAGGAAUGCAGAGAGGCACUUGAAAGUUUUGAUCGUGCGCUUCAGUCAGUGAAACCAUAUGUGAAUUUGGCUGAUGAGUUGUCUCGUACCUAUGUGGAAAUGAAAGGACAGCUAUACAUGCAUGCUGGAACUUUGCUACUGAAAAUGGCCCAACACAAUGAGGCACAGUGGAAAGUUGUGUGUGAACUAGCAGCAUUGUGUUAUCUUAUAAGUUUCCAGGUUCCUAAACCAAAGUCAAAACUAAUAAAGGGGGAUCAAACUGGACAAGAUGUGCUAGAAAUGUUGGCCUGUGAUCGAAAAAGCCAGUCUGGUCAUAUGCUCCUGAACUUAAGCCAUGGCAAGCAGGACUUUUUUAAAGAGAUUGUGGAAUCAUUUGCAAACAAGAGUGGUUCAUUUACGUUGUUUGAUAGCCUGUUUGAGAGUGGAGCUUCUAGAGAGAGAUCUUUUAUCGGCACAGAUGAUAUUGGAAAUGUCAGUGUACAAGCACCAGUGCAAACGGAACUUAAUAAAUACGAUAUUGGUGCUGUUCGAAUGCACAAUGGCAGUCUUCAGCACCUUGUGUGGCUUGGCUUGCAGUGGAACUCUAUGUCAGUCUUACCACCAAUGCGCAAAUGGUUAAAACAGCUUUUUCACUUGCCCCAAGAAACAUCAAGACUUGAGACAGAUGCUCCCGAAUCCAUUUGCCUGUUGGACCUUGAAGUAUUCCUACUUGGUGUGGUAUUCACUAGCAACUUACAAUUGCAAGAGAAGUUCAAUUCUCACUCUGGUGCACAUCAGCCUCAAUUUUUACCAUUGCCAGUGUGCAAACAGCUCUAUACCGAAAAGCAAAGAUCCUGGUGGGAUGCUGUUCGUACUCUUAUUCAGAGAAAAGCAAUACCGGGAACAGCAGCAAAACUGAGACUUAUUGUACAGCAUGGAAUAAGUACUCUGCGAACACUGGAGAAGCAUGGCCUUCAACCUGCCUUAAUUAUACACUGGGCAAAAAGCCUGCAAAAAACAGGCAUUAGCCUUAACUCUUUCUAUGACCAGAAGGAAUACAUUGGACGAAGUGUUUACUACUGGAAGAAAGUUUUGCCUGUGCUGGAAACUAUCAAAAAGAAGAGGAGUAUUCCUGAACCUAUUGAUCCUCUCUUCAAACACUUCCAUAGUGUAGACAUUCAGGCCUUUCAGGUUGCAGCAUAUGAAGAAGAGGCACAUAUAGCAUUUGCAAUGUUGGAUGCAGUUGAUGGCAAAACUGAUGAUGCUUUAUUAGCAUUUGAAGCUAUUAAGAAUGUGGUUUCAUACUGGAAUCUUGCUGUGAUCUUCCAAAGAAAGGCAGAAGAGAUUGAAAAUGAUGCCAUGCUGCCAGAAGAGCAAGAAGAACACAAAACCUAUCUUCUUAAAAGCAAGCAUUAUCUAAUGAAGAUCAUUGAGGAAGGCUCCUCAGACACCUCAGUAACUGAGAAACUGCCAGUGUCUAUUGAAACUGUAAGGGAAAUGCUAGAUACAGUGAUCCAGGAACUUGGUGAGAAUGGUGAAGAUGGAAGUCCUGCCUUCAGAAAUGGUGUGUCUGUAGAUUCAGAGAUGAAACAUUCCGCUCCAUCACCAACUAAGUUCUCUCUUUCACCAUCUAAGAACUACAAGUUUUCUCCUAAAACUCCUCAGUGGGCAGAAGAUCACAGGUCUAUACUUCAAAUGAUCUGUCAGCAAGUGGAAGCUUUAAAGAAUGAAAUGCAAGAAAUGAAACUUAAUAAUUCCAACUUAAAUGUGUCAUCUCAUCGGUGGCCUGCUGAAAGUUACGGAACAGAUACAAUGUCAGAGGGAUAUCAGAGAGCACAGAAUCUUCAUGAAGCUCCAUUAACAGUUGCUACCACUGGCCCGUCUGUUUACUACAGCCAGUCGCCUGCCUAUAACUCUCAGUAUCUUCUCAGAACUACUGCAACCAAUGUAACGCCAACAAAGGCUCCUGUUUAUGGCGUGAACAGACUUGCACCUCAGCAACAUAUAUAUGCUUAUCAACAACCAAUGCAUACACCACCUCUGCAAAACACUUCUGCUUGUAUGUUUUCCCAAGAAAUAUAUGGCACACCUCUGCGUUUUGAUUCUCCUGCUACUGGACUCAUUUCUCCGCGUGGGGGUGAUGAUUAUUACAACUACAGCGUUCCACAGGCAAGCACAAAUCCACCAUUACCUGAACCAGGCUAUUUCACAAAGCCUUCAGUUGCUCCACCAACUUUAAAGCCUGCAGAAUCAAAGGUGAUAGAAUUUUCAAAAUCUAAAUUCAGCCAGCCAGGAACAGCAGAAGGAUCAAAAACAUCCCUGCCAACACCAGCACAGUCAAGCCAGUCAACAACUUUUAAAUUCAAUACUAACUUCAAGUCUAAUGAUGGAGACUUCACCUUUUCUUCUCUUCAAGUUGCAAUGCAGCCUCCUAAUGCAGGUUUUAAUAGUAGCGAAAGCCUCUUGGGUCUUCUGACAUCUGAUAAUAAAUCUUUACAGGAUGAUAGAUACAUUGAACAAAAACCAAUUAACGAUCACACAGGCAGUCAAAGAAAUAUCUUCAGUUUUGGCAAUAAACAUAUUUCAGGCAUCUCUUUUAAAGAAGGCAUGGGACAAAAUGCACACAAAAACCUGGCUUUUGAGAAGAGUGAUAUGUUUAGUGUCCAAGAACCAAGCAAGCUUGUAUUUGUGACUUCAAAUUCGGAUUUGGCCAAUAGAAGUCAUGAAACAGAGGGAGGAAGCACCCAUGGUGGAGAUGAGGAUGAUGAUGGUCCUCAUUUUGAUCCUGUGGUGCCACUCCCUGACAAGAUUGAAGUAAAGACAGGUGAGGAAGAUGAAGAGGAGUUCUUCUGCAACAGAGCUAAGCUUUUCCGUUUUGAUGCAGAAUCUAAAGAAUGGAAGGAAAGGGGUAUUGGAAAUGUAAAAAUACUGAAACAUAAAGUAUCUGGGAAAUUUCGUCUCUUAAUGAGACGGGACCAAGUGCUGAAGAUUUGUGCAAAUCACUACAUAAAUACAGAUAUGAAAUUAACUCCAAAUGCUGGAUCAGAUAAGUCAUUUGUGUGGCAUGCUUUAGAUUAUGCAGAUGAGUUGCCAAAACCAGAACAGCUUGCAAUUAGAUUUAAGACACCUGAGGAAGCAAUGCUUUUCAAAAAUAAGUUUGAGGAGUCACAGAGUAUUUUAAAAACCUUGGGAUCAAAUGUUGACACAUCUGUGACUCAGAACAGUGGGACUGCAAGAGAAACAACAAAUCAGGACAUCAAGGAGCCUAGCAAAUCUGUUUCUGGGACCCUGAGCUUUGGCUUUCAGUUCCCGAAAGAUGGGGUGAGCAGUGAAUCUGAUGGCAAAGGCAACCUUACAGCUACAUCAACUGCAUCUGGCCCUACUACUUUUUCAUUUGGAAAGGAAGCCCCACAAACCUAUUCUUCUGGUGGUUUUGCACAACAUCUCUUGAAGAAAGAUCAAUGGGAGUGUAAAGUAUGUUUAGUUCCAAAUGAAGCUACUGCAAAGAAUUGUGUAUCAUGUCAAAGUCCAAAUUCAGAUAAGUGGGAAACACAUGGCACCCCAUUACCUGACUCUGCUGCGAGUUUCAAAGCCAGUGGUAACACUGUGCAGGACAAAUUUGGAUCUGCUUUUGCUAAAAAGGAAGGUCAAUGGGACUGCAGCGUCUGUUCAGUGAGAAAUGAACCCACUGCCUCCAAGUGUAGUGCUUGCCAGAAUCCAAACAAAACUAGUACAGCGGUAUCUGGUCAACAAAGUUCCUCUAAAUUUGGCCAAGCAAUUGCUGCAAAGGCUAUUCAAAAUGACUUGGGAACUGCUUUUUCUAAAAAAGAAGGUCAGUGGGACUGCUCUGUAUGCCUAGUCCAGAAUGAAGCAAAGGAUGUCAACUGUCGUUCUUGUCAGAAUCCUAACUCUCAAAGUCAACCAAAUGUGCCUACAUCUACUGUUCAGGCAUCCCCUGCUCCCAGGUUUGGCUCCAUUGGUGAUGCAAGUAAGCCACAGAAAAAUGGAUUUGAAGGGCUUUUUGCUAAAAAGGAAGGGCAGUGGGAUUGUAAUACUUGUCUGAUGGGGAAUGAAGGUUCUUCGCCAGCCUGCAUAGCUCUCCAAACACCAAAUCCAGCUGGUAAGCCUGUGAGUGAUGCUGCAUCCGCUCCUACUUUUGGCUUCAAAAGUAAAUUAUCUGAACCUGCUGCAGGACAGUUGGGAACAGGCUUUAAGUGUAAUUUCUCAGAAAAGGGCUUUAAGUUUGGUCAUGAGCCAGGCAAGAUGCCAUCAUUUACAUUUCGCAUUCCUUCUGAUACUGAAGCUAAGUCUGCAAAGGAAGGAUUUAGCUUUCCAGUGCUUGCAAGCGGAUUUAAAUUUGGAAUACAGGAGUCUAGUAAAAAUACCACCAAGAAAGAUGAACCAUCCAAAGAAUGUACGACUGGCUUCUCAAAAAGUGUUGAUGAAAAAGACAAAAAGGAACCUCCUUCAGAUAGCAGAAUUACAUUCCAAUUUCAAGAAACAGCUAACAAGGAGAAAGGUGACUUUGUUUUUGGGCAAAACAGCAGCACUUUUACUUUUGCUGAGCUUGCAAAAAGUACUCCUGGGGAAGGCUUUCAAUUUGGUAAGAAAGAUCCUAACUUCAAAGGCUUUUCAGGUGCAGGUGAAAAGCUGUUCUCUUCACAGGAUUCUAAAACAGAUCACAAAGCAAACACAUCUGCUGACCUUGGUGAGAAGGAUGAUGAUGUAUAUAAGACAGAGGACAGUGAUGAUAUCCAUUUUGAACCUAUAGUUCAAAUGCCUGAAAAAGUAGAACCAUUUACAGGAGAGGAAGAUGAGAAAGUGCUAUACUCCCAAAGAGUAAAGUUGUUCAGGUUCGAUCCAGAAACAAGUCAGUGGAAAGAACGUGGGGUGGGCAACUUGAAGAUUCUUAAAAAUGAAGUUAACGGCAAAGUAAGAAUAUUAAUGCGGCGUGAGCAGGUACUGAAGGUCUGUGCAAACCACUGGAUAACAACAACAAUGAACUUGAAACAGCUGUCUGGCUCAGACAAGGCAUGGAUGUGGAUGGCCAAUGACUUCUCUGAUGGUGAUGCAAAGUUGGAACAUCUGGCAGCAAAAUUCAAGACACCAGAGCAGGCUGAGGAGUUCAAACAGAAGUUUGAAGAAUGUCAGAGACUACUACUAGAUAUACCACUGCAGACACCUCAUAAACUUGUUGAUACAGGUAGGACAGCUCAACUUAUACAGAAAGCAGAAGAAAUGAAGUGUGAUUUAAAAGAUCUCAAAACAUUUCUGACAGAUGACAAAACCAAACUGUCAGAAGAGGAACACGUAACCUCUGGUUGUGCCAGCAGUACUUCUGAUGUGGUUAUAAAGCCACAUGCUGAAAGUACUGGGCCUACUCUGGAAUGGGAUAACUAUGACUUGCGUGAAGAAGCGUUGGAUGAUAGUGUAAGUAGUUCUGUAUAUGCAUCUCCUCUUGCAAGUAGCCCUGUAAGGAAAAACCUUUUUAGAUUCGGAGAGUCUACAACAGGUUUUAGUUUCAGCUUUAAAUCUGCCUUGAGCCCAUCCAAAUCUCCUGCCAAACAGAACCAGAGUAGAACAUCAGUAGGCACAGAUGAAGAUUCUGAUGUGACUCAAGAAGAGGAGAGAGAUGGGCAGUACUUUGAACCUGUGGUACCUCUGCCUGAUCUCGUGGAAGUGACCAGUGGUGAGGAAAAUGAGCAAGUUGUCUUCAGUCACAGAGCUAAACUCUACAGAUAUGAUAAAGAUGCUAAUCAGUGGAAAGAGAGAGGUAUUGGGGAUAUCAAGAUAUUGCAGAACUAUGACAACAAACAAGUGCGCAUAGUAAUGAGAAGGGACCAGGUACUAAAACUCUGUGCCAAUCACAGAAUAACACCAGAUAUGAAUAUGCAACAAAUGAAAGGAUCUGAUAGAGCAUGGGUAUGGACUGCGUGUGACUUUGCAGAUGGGGAAAGGAAAGUAGAACUUCUAGCUGUGCGAUUCAAGCUGCAAGAUGUGGCAGACUCAUUUAAGCAAAUUUUUGAUGAAGCAAAGCAUGCCCAAGAGAGAGAGACACUGAUAACGCCUCUCUCUUCUCGUAACAACACGCCGAAGGAAUCUCCGUGUGGUAAAAAUGCUGUAGCCGUAUUAGAAGAAACUACCAGAGAAAGAACUGACCUCAGCCAUGGUGAUGAUACUUCUGAUUUAGCUGUAGAGGUUGCAGAGGUGUCAAACACUUCUGAAACGCCAACAAAAACAGUGGUUUCUCCUCCAAAGUUUGUAUUUGGAUCUGAAUCUGUCAAGAGCAUUUUCAGUAAUGAAAAGACAAAGACAUUCACGUUCGGAAAUACUUCAGCCACUGGUUCUCUGUUUGGCUUCAGCUUUAAUCCUCCCAGAAAGAGUGAAGACCAUAUUCCACCGUCUCGGAACACAGCACAGAAAGAACUGAUCUCUGAACCACCAAAAAGCUUUAGUGCUCCUCAGAUGCCUUUAGGCAGCAAGGUAAACAACUUGCCAACUUCAACACAAGGUGGACCCUGUAACUUCUCAUUUAGAAUUGUGGAAAAAGGAUUUAAUUUUAGCCUUUUUAAAUCUAAUCCAAUGGCCUUUUGGACAAGCACAUCUUCCUUGCAACCUGAUAGUAAAGCAGAGAAGACAACGAUGUCAAAAGACUAUCUUCCAUCUGAUGAGGUUAUAAUAGUUUACGAGUUAAUGCCUACCCCUGAACAGAAGGCUCUCGCUGGCUUUCUCAAGCUACCUUCAACAUUCUUCUGUUACAAGAAUAAGCCUGGAUAUGUGAGUGACGAGGAUGACGAUGAAGACUACGAAACAGCUGUUAAGAAACUUAAUGGGAAAUUGUAUCCCAGUGAUUCAGAAAAGAAAAAGAAAUUGCAAGAUCCUGUAAAAGUGGGCAUCACUGGAAAAAGUGAAGUCAACAGUGAAAGAGAAUGUGCUGCUACUGAGGAAAAGAAACCAACUCCUGAGGAGAAGGCUGAAACAGCAGCUCUCCAGGUUCCUUCUACAUCUGUCGGUGGUGUCAGCAGUGACACUAAGGAUAACAGUCCAGAAGACUUUCAGACAAAAGUUAAGAUUCAAGAAAGGAAAGAGAAUGACAGUACAAGCUCAACUGACUUAGUUUGUACCAGUAAGGAAGAAGUACCUUGCCCACCAACUGGUGAGGUGACAGUAUUUGUCCAGUCAGCUACCAACAAUGAAGAACCAGAUUCCACUAUGGAAACUGUGCAUGUAUCGCAAGCUUCAUCAGGAGCCGAUGACAAACCUGUAGACUUAUCAAGUAAAAAAAAUGAGUCGGACUGUUCAGAGUCAACACAAGAAAACAGAAUCAUCUCAUUUGGUUUCGGCAAUACUGCAGGCUUGUCGUUUGCAGAUCUGGCUUCCAAAAGCUCUGGAGACUUUGCUUUUGGCUCAAAAGAUGAAAACUUCAAAUGGGCAAAUACAGGAGCAGCUGUGUUUGGAGAGACAGCCCAUAAAGUAGAUGAAGAUGAAGGUGGUAGUGAUGAUGAGGUGGUACAUAGCGAUGAUAUCCACUUUGAGCCAAUUGUGUCCUUACCAGAGGUGGAGGUAAAAUCUGGAGAAGAAGAUGAAGAAAUUCUCUUCAAAGAGAGGGCAAAACUUUACAGAUGGGACAGAGAUGCUACUCAGUGGAAGGAGCGUGGUGUUGGAGAGAUAAAGAUCCUCUUCCAUACACAGAAGAAAUACUACAGAGUCCUAAUGAGAAGAGACCAAGUUCUUAAGGUCUGUGCAAACCACGUCAUCACCAAGGAAAUGAACUUAGUGCCCUCUGAUACAUCCAACAAUGCUUUAAUUUGGACAGCCACAGAUUAUGCUGAUGGUGAAGUAAAAGUAGAGCAGCUUGCAGUCAGAUUUAAAAGCCAAGAAAUGGCUAACUCUUUCAAGAGGAGGUUUGAAGAAUGCCAGCUAAGCUUGUCAGAGUUACAGAAGGGACACUUAUCUCUGGCAGCAGGACUGUCAAAGGACACCAACCCCAUUGUGUAUUUUGAAGUUUCUGCUGAUGAUGAACCUUUAGGACACAUAACCAUGGAACUAUUUUCAAAUAUUGUCCCUCGAACUGCUGAAAAUUUCAGGGCCCUGUGCACAGGAGAGAAAGGAUUUGGAUUCAAGAACUCCUGCUUUCACAGAAUAGUCACUGACUUUGUGUGUCAGGGAGGCGAUAUAACUAACCAUAAUGGAACAGGUGGACGGUCAAUUUAUGGAACAGCAUUUGAAGAUGAGAAUUUCGAAGUGAAACACACUGGUCCUGGAUUGUUGUCAAUGGCAAAUAAGGGCAGGGAUACAAAUAACUCUCAGUUCUUUAUAACACUUAAAAAAGCAGAACACUUGGACUUCAAGCAUGUGGUAUUUGGUUUUGUGAAAGAUGGAAUGGAUGUUGUGAGAAAGAUUGAAUCCUUUGGUUCUCCUAAAGGACUAGUGAGCGGAAGAGUUGUCAUUACAGACUGUGGGCAAAUAUAGAAUUUGGGUAUACAGAUGUUCUAGGAGUAUAAAUCAGUAUUUAGAUGUUAUUGACUAAUUAUUUCAACUUGUUAAAAUGGACAUUUCUGAUGUAUAAAUGUAAAAUUACAGCUUAAAGUUGGAUUUUUUAUGUGUUCUAAUUGAUUUUUUGCAUGAUAAAUAAGUUCAGACACUGGCAUAUUUCAGGUGUAUUUGUGUUAUCCUGACAUAUUUGUAUUAAAUGUCAAAUUUUAAAAAUUAAAUCUUAGUCUUGUUAAAAUAAA